AUGCUCCUGCUUUUUUUUAACUUUUUUGCGCGGUUAUAAUGGUCGUCUCCACUAAUGAAAUAAAUCUCUAUCGACUUCUUGUCCGAUGUGAGCAACGAUUGAAUGACAAGGAAGAAUGGAACACAAUAGAGAAGGGCAAAUUCAUAGCUUACGUACGAUACCUAGAGAACCUACAACACCAGGCGGGAAUAAAAAACAAUUAUGCUGAACGGAUUGAAAUGCUGGCGAACGCAGUGGCCAGUCGGGGAAUGAAUGACGGGAUCAAUAAGGGUAUUACAGAAGCACGGACAAGCAAAAAGUCUUUACUGGAUGGAUUAAAACAAUUGCAACAACCCGAAGAACCUGAAUGGCUUCAAAAGAUUAAAAAUGCGCCUGAUGAGGAUGCCACAGCUGCAGCAAGACAAAAGGAGGAAGAGGAGGAGAAAUCAGAUAAUGAAAGCAUUAUCUUAACAAGCAAUAAUAACAAGCCAGGAGAUAAAUUGCGCCGAAGACAAGGGUCCGGGAUGACUCGGGAAGAAGAAACGUCGAACAUUGAGCACGUGUUACAGCAUCAUAGACAGAUGCAUGAUGAGUUGACAACAGAUUUGGGCCGUAUGGCUCAGCAACUAAAGGUCAACAGUCAGUCGUUCGGUGACACAUUAGCAAAGGACGAUCAGGUGUUGCACGAGGCACAACAGGCGGUGGUAAAUAACCUGGACCGACUGCGUAAAGAGCGGCAGCGACUCGACACGCACUACUCGAAAUCUUGGGGCACGAGUUUCAUGACGAUGGGGGUGGUUCUGUUUGUUUGUAUCAUGUUUGUGCUUGUUUUCUUUACAAUUAAGCUUUUGCCAAAGGCAUGAUAUCAUUUCCUUUUCGUUGGGCAACACCCAUUUACUCCUUCUCCGCCUCCCGACUCUCUGCUGUUUCUCUCUCUCUCUCUCUCUCUCUCCUUUUGUUGUAUUCUAAUAGCCAUUUCGAG